AUGAACAACAAGUCAAUGAUAUUGUUGUCAUUGGUUGUGAUGAUGUCUGUGGCGCAUGCUGUUGCAGCUGGUCAACCCAUCAUCAAGGCCAGCCCUGAACUAUUGGCCAAGGAUGGAGACUUCAUCACCAUCACCUGGGAUGGUAUCGCCAAGCCCACCGCCUACGACACCAUCGCCAUCUACUACCCACCCACCGCCGACAUCACCAUUCCAAUCGGUUUCAUCCCAUUGUCAACUGCCUCCUCAACUUACAAGGCAGGAUAUGGAUCAGUCACCAUACCAUUGGUUAAUGUUAGGGAUACUUAUGUGUUUAGAUUAUGGGUCGAGGGUAAUGCUCAUCCUUCGAUGCCAAGCCCUAUCAAUAGCAAGGUGGACAUCACAAUGGUUGGCGCAUCAAACAAUGUCACCUUCCAGAACAUCAACGCUCCGGAGAAGCCGUACUUGGCAUACACCAACUACACGAGCGAGAUGCGUCUCAAUUGGAUCAGUGGCACGGACGACACUCCCGUCAUCUACUACGGCACGUCGCCCAGCCAGCUCACCAUGUCCGUCCAGGGCAGCUCGUCGACCUACACCAUCGACCAGAUGUGCGCGUCGCCCGCCAACGACCCCAACUACUUCCGCCACCCCGGCUACAUCCACGACGCCGUCAUGACCGGCCUGACCGAGUCCACCCAGUACUUCUACUACUUUGGCAGCCAGCAGAGCGGCUUCAGCGCCGUGUUCAACUUCACGUCGGCGCCCAAGCCUUCGACCGAAGCCUACAUUGUCGCUUUCGGUGAUUUGGGCAUGCAGCCACCCUUCAGCUGCAACUGUGAGAUGAUGCCACCCGCCACCUCGACCAUCGAGAACGUUCUGACCACCAUCUCUGCACCAUGGUCGCAAUCAUGGGCUUCCACACUCGGCAAGAAGUCCCCACAUGACACUGACAUUGCGCCACACUGGUCUCUGCUCCACAUUGGUGACAUUUCCUACGCUCGUGGCAAUGCCUUUGUCUGGGAUUGGUACCAUCAGUCCAUCCAGGAGAUCACCUCCCAAGCACCCUACAUGGUCUCGAUCGGAAACCAUGAAUAUGACUACACCAAGCAACCAUUCUAUCCAGAGUGGUCAGACUAUGGCUCAGACAGUGGUGGCGAGUGUGGUGUCCCUUACUACUACCGCUACAACAUGCCAGGCUAUGGUGAGAACGCCGACAACUGGUACUCCUACGAGGUGGGACCAAUCCAUUUCACUCAGAUGAGUGGUGAGCAUGACUUCUUGAUUGGCUCUCCACAGUAUAACUGGCUUGAGGCUGAUCUUGCCUCGGUCAACAGGACCAAGACACCUUGGGUCAUCUUCUCUGGACAUCGUCCAAUGUAUGGAACUGACUCUGGUGAGAGUGGAAUGUACUCACAUCUCCAGAACAACCUUGAGCCACUCAUCGUCGAGUACGACGUUAACCUCUGUUUCUGGGCACAUGUCCAUGCCUACGAGAGAACAUGUGGAAUGUACAACUUCACAUGUGCCGAUAAUGACAAUGAUGCACCAGUUCACAUUACAAUUGGUAUGGCUGGUAACAUUGAUCAAGCACCAUGGGCAGGAGGCAGCCAUGAGCCACAGCCAUCUUGGAGCAUGUUCCGUGCCAUGAACUAUGGAUACACUCGUUUCUACGCCAACAUGACUGAUCUCAUCUUUGAGUAUGUUGGCAACCAGAGAAACCAGGUCCACGACACUAUCAAAUUGCAUAGCAAGUAUGCCGAAGACUUCGACCUCGAGGCCUUGUAG